ACCCUUGCUACUUACUCACAUACUAAUCUACGAGUAUCACCAGCUUUAUCUAUCCGAUCCAGUCUUUGGCGCCUCCAUCUCACCACGUGGCUUACGCCAUGACAUGAGGUCUACAGAGUAGAGCCCCUCAGAAUGAUAAGUUGAUGGUUGGUUUUGCACGACAUGCCCAGACAUACAACGUAGUAUCUCGUUGGCAGGGCAUGCAUUGACGUCUUAUACAUACGGCACCUUGCGUGAGACAGACAAUGGUUCUUAUCAUUUCGUUUCACAGACUUUGGAUAAAGCCUGUACGUGAUAGCGGCCACUCAAAGACUCAAAAUGAAACUCAUACUAUGACCCACCACUAUACCAUCACAAGUGACCUUCAAGACUUGUACAAGUGAGGAGAAGACACCCGAAUACCUACGUACUACGCAAACGUAGGCUUCAGUCUCCGAGACAGCCAUCAUUACGCACUCAAAUUCGAAUGUUAUCAAGGUUCAUGAAGGGUAGCCCACUUCACAAACUGCCGACUUGCACUAGACACAUGCUUUGGGUGAAGGUGUCAUUGGCGCCAACAUCAACCUACACAACGACAAUCCCGAGGGUAUCCCUCAGAAAUGGUCACCCAGAUAAAAUCAGUUGGCUGCAUGUCGUUCUAGACCACGAUCAUUCUUUGGUUGAAGCAGUCACUCCGCCUUUGACUUACGUCAGUAACCCUCCAGCAACUCGUACACACUUGACCAUCUCCCACUUACCGAUACCCAAACAUCCGCCAUUGAUUUCAUGAGAAUACACACUUCAUCAUCUCAUAUGGGCAUAAGAUGAUAGUGUGCGAGAUUCUACACCCAUCUAGACGCCUGGUGACAUUCGUAUGUGGAUGUUGCCAGGCUGUGGACAGUGUCUCUCUUCCCCAGCACCCAUCAUGUGCAUGAGAGAGUCUGGGAAUAGGAUUUCAGGCUCCAGUGAUACUUCUAGGCUUCUUUCCUCAUUGCCGGAGGUUACUGAUUUUGUCUUUGGCCGUGAUGGUGCCUGAUGAAGUAGUUUCGGAGCUGACGGCCCAAGGUCACUCCCUCACACGCUCAGCUAACAGCCCGGCAUUGCACACAUUUAGUCAACAUCUCUCAGAUCUUUCCAACCUCUUGAUUUGUUCGUCGUGGAUAUACCUCAAGCAUCUUUUCUCUGUGGGGUCAACUCAUUGGUGCAGGCAGAUAUGCUUUGACCUGCCCGAUGGUGAACAUUUCCAUGGACCUCCCAUUUGUAACACUGCACGAUAACUCUUCAAGAAACACAUUAAUGAUAUAAUUUUAUAUAGUGUUACAUCAAAAACCAAUGCUUGAGUCAAGUCAAUGGUAUGGUCUAAAAUUAUAAACUGAAUCCAUU